GGGACUGUGCCCCGGUUUGUACAGUGGCGUUGGCGUCGGUAGCGAGUAAAAUUAACGUAAUUAGCCUUUCUAAUAAUUGCGAUAAAGCCAACAUCUAACGUGUGACACUAUUAAAAUGCGCGCGAACUGUAAGUCAUCAUCCUCGAUCGAUUGAUCGGUUGUCGGGUGCUUGGGAAGGUGUCAGAAAUAUGGAUGAAGAAAAUGCACAGGUGACAGGGCCUGUGGCAGAAAAAGCCAACCGAGUUAAAGAUUCACUGCCAAGCCAAGCAAGCUGCCCAAUGGAGCAAGCCAAUGGACUUCGAGUGACUCCCGAGUCCUCGUCAGACAGAACAAGCCAGGAGUCAUUGACCACUGCUGAUGACUCUGAUGCGGGCCUUGAGCCCUGCAUGAUCUGGUCACUGAUGGAGGCACUGGAGAAGCAGACAGAGCAGAUCGGCGUGUCGGCGUGCGGUGCCACCGCCGUGGUGAACAUUAUGCAGGCGCUCGGAGUCCCGGUGGAGGCCGACAUCGCUGAGAGUGCCGUCGGCACGAAGCUACGUGCCAACGAAGCCCCAUUAGCGGAGUACCUUCUUUCCCGCAGCGUGGCAGGCGCGACGCACGAGCAGCUGCUGGUGGGCGCGCACGAAGCAUCGCGUGGCCACGUACUCGGCAGGUUUUUCCACAUGUACCCGGCACGCGCGGUGCCGCUGGCGCACUGGCUGCGGCACUGGGUGAGACGCGGCGCCGUGCCCGUCGUCACCAUGAACAUGCAGGUGGCUGUGCCACCCGGAGAAGGAGGUGCCAGAUGCCUGGCACCACCAGAUGGUGUUCGGAAGUCGGCAGAGAGGGCAUCUACAUGGCCAACCCCUUGGACUUUGUGGGCACAGCGGUGCUGAGCCAGCGCCUGAGCAGCCCCUCGGAGCUGCUGGUGCGUCGCGAGGACGUGGAGGCACGCGUGGCCGGGGGCAGUGGCACCAUCGCACGCCUGGAGGACGACCCGCGCUGGCACGAGCUUCACGUCGCUGAACAAGUGGAGCGCAUGCUGUGUGCACAGAGUGCCCUCGGCGAGGGCCAAGACCUUCUGACGACAGCAGCACCCACGCACAUCACCAUACCAGCCGCCUACAAGUCGGGCGUGACGCUGUUCGUGCCGUGCGACUCUCCUGUCGCCGCCGAGCUCCUCGCCGAACCAGAGCUUCCCCUGCUUUAGCGGGGACUCGGCGACUCAACGAUGUCCCACGUGAUGCUCAGGGUGGUGAACGACCACCGCCGUCAUCGUCAUCAUCAUCACUUCAUAUUUACACACCACACCUCCCGUGCAGUACAUAAUGAGGUGCCCUGCGGUAGGGAACCCCCAGUAGCAGUUGCCCCUAUGCAGCAGAUGGUGACAGCAGCACCGGCCAUCAUAGUGUAAAUUAGUCUGCCAGUUGCCAUGAGGCUUCCGAAUUUAGCAAUUUUCAAGUAAUGUAUACAAUUUUAGAUGACGCAAGCACACACGUGUCUAUAUAUUUAACUUAUUUCGCACCGUACGUAGCCAACCUUGCUAACGGAGGUGCAUGGCCUACUCUUGAUGUCACGGGAUCUUUAACGUACACUUUGAAGCAGAGCGCACUGUGAAGUAGGCCUGAGCCAGGGUGGCCACUAAGCUUGAUCCAUGAAACUGCUGCUACAAGCAGCAAAACGCCCUACCACUCAUGCAUGUCACCACGCAAUUGAUACAAGCCAGAGUGAUGGACCUCAGCUGUGAUGCUGAGCUGGGAUGAUCAUUUGGGUCUUUGAAAAAUGUCUUAUUACUUCCACAUAUAUAUAAAUUCCACCGUUGGCAUGUCAGGAGAUUAAUGUUUGCACUCUGCCCUUCAUAGAGUGUUCCAUCGUAGUCAAAACCAAAAUCAAACCAAAAUAUACCAAAUUAUAGUAAAUAACCAAGUUAAAUAUAUACAUUUUGUGUAAAAAAAUUGUCAUUCAGGCUGAGACCAUAAAAAUAAUAAAAUCAAUUUAAAAUUAAAAAAAAUUGAAAAUAAUUAAAAAACAUUUAUAAUUAGAUUUUUUCUUUUCUAUCUACGUGACUUUACCGAAAUAGCCAAGAAUAUGAAUUCCUGCAGUCACAAAAGUUUUAAGUCAAAAUUUGAAACCAUAAGCUCACGGGUGACUUAUCCCACAUUCAAACCCAGCAUCUAAGAGGUGCCAACUCGGUGCGGAGCCGCUCGGCCUCCUGCGGCUUGGGAUUUAUCUGAGUGAAGAAAGUAAAAUACCAGGCCAUAAAUUUCGAUUUAAAGCUUUCGUGACUGCAGGGAUUUAUCUUCUUGGUUCUUUCGGUAAAGUCACGUAG